CACAGCUUCCGGUAAACCUAGCAGCAGCCUGUUAGCUGCGCUCAGUGCGCUGCUCCCAAUGUUUCAGACUCAAGAAACGAAACCGCACUCCGUGAGGACAGAGCAAGCGAACAGCUGUGUCCGACAUGUCUGGGUUUGGGAGUAAGUUGAGUGGUUACACUAUGACACAGUUGAACGAACUACUUGAAGAUGAUGAGAAACUCAACAAAAUGGUUGAGGAUAUGGAGGAGGUGCAGGGGGUCCAGCAGAGCAAAGAGAUGACCCUGGCCAGCAACCGCAGCCUGGCGGAGCAGAACCUCCAGCUGCAGCCCCGGCUGGACUUCCAGAAGAACGAACUGACCAAACGCUACCGCCAUCUCCAGGAGCACUACGAGGCCUACCAGAUCCGCAAGACUACACUGGAUGAGAAGGCCGGAAGCACCUCGUUAGACACGCUGCUCGCUCUGCUGCAGACGGAAGGGGCCAAGAUCGAAGAAGAGACUGAGAAUAUGGCUGAUUCCUUCUUGGAUGGAAACAUUGCUUUGGAUGCGUUCAUUGACGAGUACCGGCGCAAGAGGAUGCUGGCUCACCUGCGACGGGUGAAGAUUGAGAAACUCCAGGAAGUGGUUCUGAAGGGGCCGGCGAUGCCUCUUCCCCCGCUCCCCACCUGUCCUCCCCCAGAGCUGCACAACAAGCCCUCCCCCUUGCGCAAGGACCCCGCCUCCAGCACCAAGGAGUCCCCCGUACCCCUGCCCAGACGGGCGCCCCCACCCCCUCCUGUCAGGACUCCACCAGUCGCCCCCUCCCCCUCAGCAGCAGCAGCAGCGCCCGCCCAGCCCGCUCCAGUGUUCUCCUACCCUCCCGCACAUUACCCCCCUGUACCUCCCAGAACGCACCAGCCGGUGCCCACUUUCAAUCAGGGUUACCCCCGGCAGGCCUUCAUGCCCCAGUACCCCCCAGCACUGCCCCAGAGGCCACCCCCUCAAAUGCCUCCGCACGCUGGCUUCAUGAUCCAGUGACAUGGGGGUGGCGUUGGAGUUGUGAAAUGCACAUGUUGAGAAGAGCAACGUAGCACUCCUCGUUUUUUUUUUUUAAGGAGAAAAAAAAACAUCCUGAGGUCUGCAAUCUCUGCACCUCCCGUGAACAUCAUUGCGUAUCCUGGCUGGAAACUCAUCUCGGCUGACCGUCCGAGAGGAUGGACACGAACUGGAUAGGCAACAGAGAUUAUUGGUCUUGCCACAGAUUUGCUCUUUGCAUUUUUGUGUAAAUCCAUCCACUGUUGCCCCCUCCUUCCUCCUUGUUGUUUUCCCAUACAGUGGUUAUCUGCAAGAUCGUGUUAUUUACCUCUUCCGAAAAAGGUGAAUUCUGUUCGGCCAACAGGAACUGCCCAUCAUCCAGCCUCUCCCAUAUCUUAGUUGCUGCCCUUCAGAUCCUGAACAGACUCUGGCUCCCAUGGCUAGUUCAUUGUUUUACCAUUUUUAUUUGAAUAUAUAACAGGUAGCACAGUGUGGGGAUGCAUGCGUUCUAUUGCAUUUCAAAUCUAAAUGCCUUUAUCACUCGUCAGUCAAAUGCCUAUGCACACAAAAGACUGCACUGAUGUGGUAUCAUGGCAAAAGAAGAUUCGGUGAAACAACAUUUUUCGCUUCUACAGGUAACUUGCACAGUCACAACCUGAAGCCAAAGAUGUUUUUUUGUUUUUUGUUUUUGUUUUUUUAACUGGAAUUGAGAGUUGAGAGUGUGUGUACAGUAGAUCAGGUGUUAAAAUGGCAAGGUAAGGUGUGUGCCAUUCCCUGUGGGCCACUUUAUAAUAAAUUGGAUUACUUUGUGUGCUGCAGUACGUAAUCCGACAAAAACCCGUUGUUGACAGUGUUGCUGCUUCACUAUGUCUCAGGGCAGGAACACACAGAGCUGUGAGCGUGUGAGCGUGUGUGCGUGCGUGCGUGCGUGCGUGCAUAUGAGUGUGUGUGCGUGUGUAUAUAUGAGUGUGUGUGUGUGUGUGUGUGUGUGUGUACAAAUAGCAUUAUCAUAUACAUGUCGGCUUGCACUGUCCUUGAUGUCUGCAUAUGUACACUGAAUAUUUAACCAUUAACAAUUAAAACAACUUGUUACCUGGAAACAAUGUUCCUCUAACACACAUGAUAUAAUUUGAUCUGAUUGUUUUUGUUUCUGGUUUAAUAGUGAAGGUUUUCUUAAUGACCACUCUCCUCCUCAAUAUCUUUUGUUGGUGUAUAUUAUGACACCUCUCGUCAUGCUGUGUUGUUGUACUUUAAGGAACCUACACAGGCAAUUUCAUGCGUGGUUUUUUAUUUACUUUUUCUUUUAAAUGGUCUGUGUAUCCUCAUAGCCAUUGGUAAUUUCAUCAACACACACAAUCGUGUACAAUGUACAACUAUGGAUUUGUCAAGAGAUCAUGCUGCGAUAUAUGCUGAUCGAGACAUCCUUCUGUCUACGUGGCAUCCUGAACUUGUCUGCACUGUUCUUGCUCUUGUAACCACUUCUUGUGUGCCUUUGGUUUGUUCGCUGACAAACCAGUCAGUGCUGCUGCAAGGACUGCCCCCCAAAUGCUCUAGACAAGCAGUCUGGCAGCCACAAUCUCCUGCUCAGGUACAUAGCAUCUCGUGUCACCUGUAACAAGGUACGCCUGUGAAUCAUGGGACUCGCUGGAAGUCUUUUGAAUGCAGAGUGGCCGGCACAACGCAACGUACAGACAAAGAGAAGAAGUAGAGAAUAGAUUUUAACUUAUGUGGGAUACUGUCUGUGAAAAUUUGAAUGCUGUCCUUUAAUUCUUCACUUUGUCUAUAUGUUAUGAGAGAUACGGCACCCAGUUAGAAAGUUUGAAGACAGAUUAACAGGGGUAGUGUGAGCACAUCUCUUUCAGUCCUGUCCAAGCCCAAUGGUUUCAAACAAGCCAUAUGAUUUACUGCAUUGAGAUCACAUAACUUACUCUUAUCACCUAGAGUAGUGCACAGUCUAUUAAGGUCGGAGGCUAUUAUCAGACAUUUUGAGCUAUUCCUCAAUGUUUAUUUUUUUAUACUAUCAUUUUUAAAGCCCACCUGGGAAACUCCAACUCCCACUGUCAUUGUGACACAGCACACAACAAAAUUGCAUUUAUGCCUUACUCGUGCAAGGGUGCAGUGCGGUGGGACGGUACCAUGCUCAAGGUCCCUCAAGUCAUGGAGGAGGAUGGGGCAGAGCACUGGUUAAUUAAUCCCCCCACCAACCUGGCGGGUCGGGAGUCGAACUGGCAACCUUUUGGCUACAAGUCUAACGCCCUAACCGCUUACCACACAUCUUUCAUCUCUGACAAGUAUGGGCUCCUUUUUAGUGGCUUCUUAUUGUAAAUCUAUCUAAAAUGCACAUCCAAUGUCAACAGUGGUUUAAGGGCUUUUUAAAUGGUGCACUUCGAUACUAGGGGGAGGUACUGUGACGUGUUUUCGUGAUAAAUUAGUUAUGCGAUGGUUUGAACAUUUGCCAAGCCUCCUGGACCAGAAUUUACCAUCCCUCAAAUAUGCUGUCGACGUGUUUCGUAUCUACCAUUAACCAUUUCACACACUCACACACACACACAGGGCUGCUGACAGCCCAGGAAAAAGUCAUAUGAAAGGGCCCCUCACCAAAUACAUACAAUGUAAUGAGAACCCAAUUCUGGGACCUCUCUGUCCCUUGCACCCCACACACACACACACCCUCCACCCCCCAUCCUGUCCUGUCCUGUACCCACUGUGUAUUACAGUACGAGGAACACUUUAGCUGAUUAUAAAGGCUCCAGCCUAUUAUAUUUGUUUAUAUUUGUAAUGGUGGGUGCAUUUGCUGAAGUCUGGUGUGAGAGAAAUUAAUAAAACAGGUAAUUGUUGUUACUGCAGUGUUUGCUAUGUUUUAUUCCUCAUCUCCUUAUUGACUAUUUGUUUCUAGCCUUUGAAUGACAUUAAAUAGAAAGCUCAGGAAUACAGUGAUUUGGUACAAUAAAGCUGUCAAUGAAUGACACACAAUAGCACAGGACAUGGAAUAAAUAACAGUAUACAAUAAUAAUGUAAUAGUAUAACAAUGUUAUUUUUUAGGCCCUACUACCUGGUGUAAUAUACAGUCCCCUACUGAU